AGCUUGGUGGGGCUGUGAGGGACACUGGAGCAGGGCUGUGGGCCACCUUCAGCAGGGCUGGAGCAAGCCAGGUCCCUCCCUACCAGGAAGCAGUGCCCAGCAGGGCCUGAGAACCCCAGGCCAGGGCCCCAUCAUCUCCCAUCAACAGCAUAGCACAUGCUGUAGGAAGGGGGAGCUUGGCCACUGGGUCCCUGUAAGGCACAAUUGAGCACCUGUAGUGUGGUGGGACCUCAAAGAGCAGCAGCAAGCACAGGCCAGUCUGUGAGCUCUGGACUCCUGCCCUUUCCCCAGACUGGGGGGUCUGCAUUUGUUCUGGCUCUGCCUGUUUCUCACAGGCACUGCUCCCUCUUGUAUGCCUGACUCCGGGGACUCACGGGGAAAGCUUUGUGUUCUGUUUGCACAGCCUCAUCAGCAACUGUUUAUGGAAUGCCUUGAUCACUACAGGCAAAUAAAGAGCCUAGAUUUGUCCUUUUCUUGUGCUUGGAUUCAGCUUCUGCUCUUACAUGGCCAUGGAGACAGAGGCUCAAAUGACCCCGGGCUUCCUUCUGUCCAUACUGAUUCUUUAUUAGUGAGGAGUGUCCAAAACUCAGGCAGAGCAGGAUGCCAGAGACUUUCCUCGUGUCUCCAUGUGAGUCCUGGUCAGGACUCGGAGCAGCUGCUCUAAGGGGCAGCUCCUCCUCCCUCCCUCUGUCCUGCCUAGCCAGGCCAGUGGGUGCUGCACCAUCCCAGACAGGGUAUUCAUGCUGCAGAAGGGCAACAGGAACCCACAGCAGUUCCUCUGGCUUCCUCAGUCUUCGUUUCUUUCCCCACAGUCCUCUCCCUGAGAAGGAGAGUUCCUGGACCCCUUUCCUGAGCUAUGCACAACUUGUGAGUUCAGGAUGCAGAGCCCUUCCCCAGGCCAGGGCGCUAACACCUCCUCUCCCUUCAGGCAUGGCAGCCCUCCAUGAAGCCGUGCUGACGGGAAACCUGGACUGCGUCAAGCUCCUGGUGAAAUACGGCGCUGACAUCCACCAGAGAGAUGAGAACGGGUGGACACCCCUGCACAUGGCCUGCAGCGACGGCUAUGCUGACAUAGCCAGGUACCUCCUGUCCCUUGGGGCCAGCCUGGAGGCCACCACUGAUGAUGGGGAGAAACCCUCGGACCUCAUCGACCCCGAAUACGAGGACCUGGUGCAGCUCUUCGGAGCCACGGCGCUGCGCUGAGGCGGGCAUGGCGAGAAGCGGCCCCGAGGGCCUCGGGGCC